AUGAACCUGCCAUACCAGUGCCUCAGCGCAUUGGGGACCGGCGGUCUCUUCUGCGCCGCCAAAGGGACCAGCAUCCACACCUUCGAUCUGGGAGCGGACCCUCAGUUUCUGUCCUCAUGGAGCCAUCCCCUUCGGUUCAAGCAGAAGCAGGCGGAAAACAGCAAGCCUCAGGAUGGGGAAGAUACCCCAAUGGAAGAGGCCCCUGGUGAGCAAGCAAACGAUCAGCCGCCUUCGAAGAAGCGCAAACUAGAUGAAGGAACUGAGUAUUCCAAAGCCGAGGCCGAGGUUAAGGUUGAGACUGAGAACGAAGACGACGAUGCUGCGACGCCGGAAGCGCCAGCCAACGGCAAAGGGAAAGGCAAAAACAAAGGCAAAGGCAAAGACCAGAAGAAACCAAAGUCCGAAUACGCUGCUGUUCGGCCAGAGGCGCCGUUUGUUAUUAUCCUGACGGCAACCGACGAUGGAAGCCAUGUGGUCGCCGUGACAGGGCAGGAUAAAGCGAUAUGGACGUUCGAGCACGACGGCAAGGGCGCGUCGAAGGAACUGAGUCAAAGAGUCAUGCCCAAGCGGCCCUGCUCCAUCUCCAUCACGUCAGACAAGAAGACCAUCCUCUGCGCCGACAAAUUCGGCGACGUCUACGCGCUGCCCCUGCUCCCUUCUUCCCCUGCCCCCCUGCCCUCUUCCUCUACACCUCUGCUGGAGUCCCCUUCCACUUCGACCCCGGACGCCAACGCCAGCGCCAGCGCGGACACAGCAUCACCGGCCGCCCAACAGCAACCCAAGGUCCACCGCGGCGCCAACACCCUGACCGUGCACUCCCAGCGCAACCUGCGCGCGCUCGAGGAGCAGCGAAAACAGCUCGCCAAGCCGCGCGAGGCGCCCAAGGACGGCCGGCCGACCUUCGAGCACGAGCUCCUCCUGGGCCACGUCUCGAUGCUGACAGCCGUCACCGCCGCCAGGGCCCCUGCCUCCAGCUCAUCUCCUGACGGCAGCAGCAGCACGCGUCCGUACAUCAUCACCGGCGACCGCGACGAGCACAUCCGCGUCUCGCGGGGCAUGCCGCAGGCGCACGUCAUAGAGACGUACUGUCUGGGCCACGAGUCGUUCGUCGGCGCCCUGUGCAUUCCCGGCCCACAGCCAAAAAUCCUGAUUUCGGGCGGCGGGGACGCCGAUCUACUGGUAUGGGACUGGAGAGCUGGGACGCUGCUGGGCAGGACGGAGAUCCUCGGCCGUGUGAGGGAGGUCGUGCAGGAUGCCGCCAAGGUUGCGGUCGCGAAGCUCUACUCUUAUGAGGCGGAGCUGGGCUGCUUCGUGGUGGCUAUUUGCGAAAGAGUCCCAGCACUAUUCAUCUUCCAGCUCAAGGACAACAACACCCUCGAGCACGUGCAGACCCUCCAGCUCCCCGGCAACGUCCUAGACGUCACAGCCGUCAAGGCCGCCAAUUCACAAACCCCAAAACUCGUCGCAGCAGUCGAUCCCACCAACGACGCCGAGUCCAACCAUUUGGACAACAACUUCCAGCAGUCACUCCUACUCUUCGAGCUGGACGGCUCCGGCUCGACCUGGACGCCCAAAGGCACCAUCCAGGGCGGCCCCGCGGCCUCCGAGGACCUGGAGGUGGCCCGGGACGAGCUGGACAAGGUGCUCUACACGGUUGAGCAGCUCCGCAAGACGGAGCUCCGGGACGAGACGGAGCAGGGCGAGCCGUCUGAGAAGUAUUACAAGAAGCUGCCGGUCCCAGACCUGGACUGA